AUGGCUUCAGUAGUAUUCUUAUCGUACUACGCGCGUUUAAAGGAUGGGGAGAAAAAGAGCCGCCUGUCUCCUCCGCUUCACCGCCCCCACGCCGAACCGGCAUCUCGACUGGCGACGCUGGCAUCGACACAGGAAGCUCCGUACGCAUUCCCAAUUGUCGCAAAGAGUCGAAAUUUCGCUGGGAUUGAGAUGGCGGCCCCUCAAACAUCCAGCCAGGUCAACGGCCAUCCUCCAUCGUCGUCGCCAUCCGCACCGUCAAGCUCAGCAAGCCCCACAAUUGUCCCACCACAAAGCGAUGUCUUCAAUGCGAGCUCCAUAGCUGAGAUCAAGGCGGCAUUGUCCCGCCUUUCGAGCCAGGAAGCGUCCGUGACAGCUCGGCUCGAUGCCUUGGUUAUGUCGCAGCAGGACCUGUCACGCGAGUUGGGUCGACUAGACCUCAUGCGCGCUCACAUCGGCACCCAAACGGGCACAACUCGGUCGAUCAGCCACGGGAUGCUGUCCGAAGCUGCCAGCACUGCGGAGCGCAUAUCCAGCGCGGUUCGACGCCUAGACAGUGAAAAAGAAAGGGUCAAGGCAACGCUGGAGGUCGUGGAGCAGGUCGCCGAGCUCAAGGCAUGCACGUUGGGCGUGGCCGGGUCGAUGGGUGCAACACAAGACUGGGAGACAGCAGCAAGCUAUUUGCACCGCGCCGCCCAGAUUCCUUCAGCAGUGGUCGAUGGCGCUUUCGCGGCCGAAGUCGUUCCUACUGCGGAGGUUCCUGAUGCGCCUAGUGUCACGUUGGACAAUGCAGCGGAAUCGCUCUGCGGACUAUUCCUUCGCGAGUUUGACAAGGCCGUGAAGGAGAAUGAUGGGGCCAAAAUCACUCGUUUCUUCAAGCUUUUCCCGCUUAUUGGACGGUCUGAAGUUGGACUGGAUGUAUACGGACGCUACGUCUGCCAGGGAGUGGCCGCGCGGGCGCGCAGCAACCUGAACGCGGACUAUGGAUCACAGGCCAAAGAUGGCUUCUUUUAUGCCAAUGCGUUGACAAAACUCUUUGAACAUAUUGCCCAGAUUGUUGAUGGUCAUGGUGGGUUGGUGGAGCGUCACUAUGGUCCUCGCAAGAUGGGCCGAGUCAUUGAGCGACUGCAGAUUGAAGCCGAUGUGCAGGGUGGUAUCAUUCUCGAUACGUGGAGCGACGAGCGGCAUGUGGAUCGCAAGUUGAUGGACGUCAAAUCCUAUGCUUUUACUUUCCUCGUGCAGAGCUUCCUGCCAGCGCAGAAAGCCGGUCAACCUCCUUCUGCUGGUGCGCCGGCUGCCUUGGAAGAUGAGGGAGUUGACAUGAAGGAGAUUGACGGCAUAUUGAACGAGAUGGCGAUCAUGCUCGGCCGUUGGUCGCUGUACUGUCGAUUCUUAGCUGAUACGUGCAAUGCCCCGGAUGCUGACCAGGAAGGAGGGAACGAUGACCAACGCUAUGCCCUACCGGACUUUUUGCGCGAGUCAGCCCUCGCGAAAAAGAUCAACGACAAAUUAAUAUCUCCUUUCAACGCCAUGACGACUUUCUUCUUCCGCCGUUCUGUUGAGAAGGCUUUCCAACUUGACGAAACUCCCACGGGGCUGACACUGAACCUCCAGCGUCCUCUCAAGGCCGACCCACCCCACAUCACCUCCGCCGUGGACGACAUUAUGUACAUUGUCAAUAAAGUCCUUCAGCAAUCUCUGGCAACCUCGCAAGAAGCCGUGGUAACCAACAUUGUCCCUACGCUGUCCCGUGUGCUUGGCUCCGACUUUAUCGGCAUGACUCAACGCAAGAUGCGAGACGAGUGCUACCCCCGCGCGCCAGCCCAGGGUGCGCAACCGCCUGACCAGACUGUCAUUGCUUUCCUCGUUCAGAUCAACAAUCUUGACACCGGGACCGACUAUAUUCGUCGCAUCGUUCAGAACAACACUGGCUCCAAGCAGCCGCUUCCGACCGCCGACAGCACACAAGGCGGCGGAAAGGUGCAGGUGACUGAACAUCUUCAAUCGCUGUUCCCGGCUCCCUCCUCUGCACUUCGCGUAGCCGGGACUCUGCACUCCCUGGCGACCUCCUUUGAAGCCAAGGUCGCCGAUCUCUAUUCGGACGGCAUUCAGGUCGUCUUCAAUAACGUGAUCAAACACCGUCUUCGCCCCAUCCUCGCCGAUGCCUUCCGCGACAUCGAGUAUCAACCCUCUUCCGACCUGGCGGAAGCAGUCCCCACGGAUGAUCUGGACGGGUCUGGCGGUAGCAAGGAGCUUGUCCGGCCCCGGUUCGCCAGCGGCUGGAACGAGCUACUUCUGCCUUUGGCCCGGAUUCUUACCACCACCGCCUUCGAUCGUCUUCUUACAGUUACAGUGGCCUACUUUGCUCGACUUCUCGAGAAGCGUUUGUGGUCGUACCAAGGCCGGAUCAAUGCAUUGGGCGCGACCCGGCUGGAGCGCGACGUCGCCGGUAUUGUGAGUGCCGCCGCGGACGUAGGAUAUGGAGCUGCAGCCGGUGCACCAGGGCGGUAUCGUCAUCGUGAUGCUUUCGCGCGUUGUGUCCAGAUGACGCUUGUCAUGGGCAUGGACGAGGAUGAAUGGGACGAUGUUGUGCGGGGUGGAGAGGCGGGCGAGGUGGUGGACAAGUUGAGUCGGGAGGAGCGGGCUCGAGUGAGGGCGAUGGUGCGACGGGGCUAA